GCUUAACAACCAACAUCAGAUGUGCGUUUGUGAGAAUUGAGCUAGGCGAAGAUGGAGCUCAUCCAAAUGGUUUUCUUUUUAUGUGGCUCUCCAGGUCUUCUGGCUGCUGAUAAGUGGUCAAUGACUGUACCUAAAGCUGUCAACCAAACCAUUGGUCAAGAUGCCAUCAUCCCAUGCACUUUUACAACUCCAUACACAGACUACCAGAAUAUUAUAACAGUGAUUUGGCGAAUGAAAUGCCAAUACAAUGGACUAUUAAUUUUCCGUUGCGUGAGCAAAGGAAAUCCAUCAGAAAGUGGACAGAACUGCAUACAGUCUACUGGACGUUACUCAUUAUCUGGAGACCCAAGAAGAAACAACAUCUCACUGAAGAUUAAAAACAUCUCAUUUUCAGAUGCAGAAAAGUAUUUCUGUCGUGUUGAGUUGAGUAACAAACAAGACCAAUAUGGAACUGUUACAGGGACCACCCUAAACGUGCAAGUGACUCAAGCACUAGAGAGAAUCUACAUACAAACACUUCCAUCAGGAGAGCAGUUUGUUACAUGUGAUGUUAAAGGAACACCUCCUCCAACGGUGAUGUGGAUCAUUCCAGACAACGCGAAUGCCUCUCUGGUGUCUGUUCAAAGUGGCUUUGCAGGAGCAUCGUCCUCUAUUCCUGCAAAUCUGCCCAACACCAACUACACCUGCCAGAUACAUGGGAAGAAUGGAACGCAGCAUCUUUCAAUUUACUACAGAGGAGCUCAGGAGCAACAGCAGCAGAUCCCUUCAGUGCUGCUCAUAGCCUUUGUGAUUCUUUCUGGAGUUUUCUUCAUUCUUUUUUUGGUCACUCUGGCAGUGUUGUACAAGAAAGGUAAGGAACAGACCCAUCAUUUGUUUACAAUUAAACGUUUGGUCCAUCUACUGACUGGUAUUGCUCACUUUUAA